GAAUGUUUACUUUCCUUACAUGAUAGUCGAUAUGAUUGUAAUUACCUGUUUUAGAGACAGUGCAUUUUUAGGAAGUCUGGAUGCCAUUUGCCUCGUUUUCGAUAAUCGUGAACGGAAAUGAAAGAGGAAGUGCAAAAUCGACUUAUUUUAUCAUUGCAGCCCUUCGCAGGUUGAUGUGAAUUGAUAACAUAUGGGAUGGCAGAGCCAAAAACAUCGUACAUUUACUGCCCAAGAUCUCCUAGUUACAGUCCAGCAUCCCCUAGUAACAGUCAAACACCACCUAGUCUGAAUUCACCCCUCCCAUAUAGGCGUCCAGGAUCAAGUGAAACUUUCUGGAGAAAAUCAGGACUGUCAUAUUCCGCUUAUGAGUGCCCAUAUGACUUGACACUGACUGAAGAUAGUGAGAAUAGGGAAACCCAGGAGACCUGUCAACUUGCAACUGAUGGCAAUGGGGAGACCUGUCAUUUUGCAACUGAUGACCAUGUGGAGAUCCAAGGGACCUGUCAACUUCCAACUGAUGAGGAAGUAUACAAUAUUAUCAUACAGCAAGAUGUGCAAAAACUUCAAGAACUAAUAGAUAAUGGCCUUAAUGUGAACCAUAAACUUAAAUUGCGGCAAACCAUUAUAAUAAUAGACACAGUCCCUGGCAAUCGAGUACCAUUAACAAACUGUACUUUAUUGAUUGCUGCUAUUAGCACCCAAAAGGAAGAAAUUGUUGCAUGUCUUAUCAAAAAUAACUGUGAUAUUCAGGUGCGGGCGAAGCUGACUGACUAA